GACAACAGCGACGUCCAGGCCUGGGCUAGGAGCCAACUGAGCUCGCCCCUGUGCUAAGAACUAAUCACCAGGCUGCCCCGAGUCCAGCAGGCGCACCACAGGCCAUGGACUCCCGCGCUGGAAACACCGCAGACCCUAGAGGGAGCAGAGGAGGAGGUGGCCUACCUGGGUCUGGGGGCCCCCGUGCUCGACAGCUCCUGGAGCGUCUGGACGCGCGCCCCCUGGCGGCCAGAGCUGCAGCGGACUUGUCAGCGUUGGUACGAAAGGCGGGUACCACACUGCGCCUGCGCCACAAGGAGGCUGUUAGCAGCCUGGAUUCUGCAGAUAUAGAAGUCACUGACAGCCGUUUGCCUCAUGCCACUCUUGUGGGACGUCGAUCCCAGCAUCGAAGGUCUGAGACUCUGGUGACAUGUAUGGAGCAACCUCCAGUAACCCAGAAUAAAGCAAGCUAUGCUUUGAAAUUACCACAAGCCACUGGUCGAUUUUCCGUGGAGCUGCUCCGAGGCCCUGCAGGCUUUGGUUUCACUUUAAAAGGGGGACGAGGUGUAUCUGGGGAUGCUCCACUGGCCGUGCAUGGACUGCUGAAGGAUGGGCCAGCAAAGCGAUGUGGUCGUUUGCAGGUUGGUGAUCUCGUGCUCAAUAUUAAUGGAGAGUCAACACAGGGCCUAACUCAUGCCCAGGUGGUGGAGCGGAUACGCACUGGAGGCCCCCGACUUUGCCUGGGAAUCCUCCGCAGGCCUCAAGAGAUGGACAUCAGUAGGAUUGAGGAGGUUGCUGGCCAUCAAAAGAGAGAUUGCAGCCCAGAUCCUAGGGGAAGCAGGAUGACGAAGUCCCGCAGCACCAUUUCCCCAGUUCAUCACCCGUCCAAGACUCGGCCCAGUUUGGAACCUAGUCCAGAGGCAGUGGCUUUUGCCCACGUGGUUCCCUCAGUGGAGCACCCCACAGAAGACUUGGACGACCGUAUCCCUGGUACCCCUGGGCCCUGGCUAGUGCCGAGUGAGGACCGUCUCUCACAGGCUCUAGGGGUUCGGGGCGGGGGCGCGCAGCUCGCUCAAGAGAUGGCAGCUGGAAGGCGGAGGCACUGAGCACCAACAGACAGCUUUGUGUUCACUUAGUGAAGAUCUACCUGGUUUUAGCAUGCCUGACGGCCAGGCACUAGCUUUUCCCUUAAGCUUUAACCUGGUCUAGUACCCUCCCCAUUGCUCACUGCUCAGGGGACUGGUCCCCACCCCUUCAUGAUGUCAGUGACACGGCCCUCCCUCCCGGAGCCCAGAAAGCUCGCACCCCCACCCCCCCACCCCCGCGCGCCUAGGAUUCUCCUAGUUCCUUCCCAGUCGGGAGGUAAUAAAAUAGCUGGAUCCAGUCCUGACUUGCCAGGUGCUCUAGGCGGGGUGAGGAUUCCCAGUCCACCCUGGAAGGGAGGGGUGGGUUGAUCUGGUUUCGAUGAAGGCCUUUUGAAACCACCCGAAAGCUGUGUCUUCCUUCAUGCCUCCAGAUGGAUCAUUAUUUCUGCUUGCUCCCCAGUUUGCUUUGCUUUGUUAGCCCCCGCAGUUCUUCCUAUUCAUUUAUUUCACGCUUGGAGUUCGCACAUUAUUGCUUGUGUCGUGGGGAAUGCAGAAAGUGGGCCAGUUGUGGGCGUGCCCCAGGAGGCUCAGGGUUCCCGCAUGGAAUCCUUCAGACCCUCAGCCGUCAUCAAGAUAGCAAAUCUAGAAACCUGGCGCCUUCCUCCACCCAGAGACUGAGGUCUCCUACUUCCGGCUUGAAAAAACUAACUUUAACUGGCAUGCAGACUGCUACCCUAGGGGCGCGGGCUGUGGCCCCCGAGCCCCACUUAGGAACAGAACGGGGAAGGUGUGAGUCAGUGCCCUGGUGCA